AUGGGCUCUGCCGCAUCCACCGAGGCGGUGCAGAAGGAGGUGGCGGCCAAGAACGUGGAGGAGAUCGCAGCGGCUCUCAAGGAGCUGCCCGCGGAUCAGCUCAGCAAGAUCAAGGAGGCCGUGACCGCCGGAGCCGCAGCCACGCCAUGCCCGGGACCUGUGGACUGCAGCAAGGUGAAAGUGGUGGCCAAGGACUACAAGGGUUUGAUGGAGCAGCCCAAGGAGCCCAAGUUCAAGGGCGCCUUGUGCCAGAUCUUCGUGCGCUCACAACCCUACGGGGGCUCGGACAAGAGCAACAACGGGCACCGCUACGACUCGGUGCCCUUUGCCAAUGGCAUGAUCACUUCGGGCAUGAGCUGCCAGCUGAUCCACUACACCCACGAGGAGCAUGAUGCCUUCUUCGACAUGUGCAAGGCCUUCAACUUCAUCAUCGUCCGCUGCAACCCGGGACAGAUCAAGGCAGACGGAGGCGACCAGCAGAAGUUUGACGACAGCAUGCGGACCUUGCGCAAGGCAGGCAUCCAGAUCUGGCCAUCCCCUGAUGUGAUGGAGAAGAUGGGUGCCAAGGACGCACUUUGCAAGGUGGCCACCAUGAACAUUGGCCUGGAGGAUACCUUGGCCUAUUACUCGACUGAGGAAUUCGUGACGGGCUUCAAGAAGACCAUGGCCUUCCAGCCGCGGGUGAUCAAGCAGAACCGGGGAUCGUCGGGCGAGGGCAUUUGGAUCAUCAAGUUGAAGGAUGGGAACUACUGCAAGGAGUACGGCGAGCGCUCCUGCGAGGACGGUGAAAAGCUGUCCUUGAUGGAGGCCAACGACAACCACGAGGAGGAGCACACCGUGGCAGAAUUCAUCGAAUUCUGCGUCAGUGGCCGCAGCGACAAGUCCGGGGAAUGGACCUCCAAGGGUGUGGGCAAGUACCUGGAGGGUGGCAAGGCAGCUGGCGGCCAGCUGGUGGAUCAGCGCUUCUGCCCACGCAUCGUGGAAGGUGAGCUGCGCUACAACUUGAUUGUGGAUUCCCUCAUUGGCAUCAUCCACAAGAAGCCCAAGGAGGGAGGAAUCUCGGCAGUUGGCGGAACUGGCUCCACCUACACCUACUAUGGGCCUGAGGAGAAGUUGUUCGAGAGCCUGACCACAAACUUCCUGAAGAAGGACCUGCCUCACGUCAUGCCCGCCUUGGAUUUGGCUGAGGAGCCCGUGCCUUUGUGGUGGACCACGGACUUCAUCAACUCCUCCCCCGAGGGAACCAAGCCUGAGGACGAGAAGUGGAUCGUCGGAGAGUUCAACUGCUCCUGCGUUGGCAUCUCCCGUUGCCUGGCUGCCUACUGCAAGGAUGACACUCCCAGUGCAAGCUUCGACGACAUCUCAGAGGAGGACAAGGCAGAGGCCAAGAAGUAUGGCGACCUUAUGGGAGAGAAAGCACUUGCCAUCCUUUCAAAGUGA